AUGGCGAACAACCAGGAGAUGAAGCACCCCGCGGCGGCUGUUAAAGUCGGCGGACAGCGCCACUUUAUGAGCAGGAGACCGAGGCCAGCGUCCACAGCACCGCGCACGGAGGUACCCGAAGUCGCGGAACCCGUCAGCGAUGCGUUCGACGACUACCCUCGCCCGACGCCCAAUCAUGAGCAGCAGCAGGAGCAUCCUCGGCACGAUGAGGUGCCGAAGAAGGCGAGGCAGGAGCGUCACUUCGAGCAGCCUCGCUGGAAUGCGAAGCAGGCGAUGAAUGCCAUGCCGAGGAAUGCUGGGGCCUUUGCGACGGGCGCGCGCAUCGCGCAGCCUGCGAGCAAGAUGGCCAUGUGAGGGGAUAUCGAAGGACACAGAACACAUCACGAACAAUGGAAGAUAGGAGCAGUAACGCGAAGUUCAAUACCCCGUACUCGUACUUGUA